AUGCCAUCAGUCUUAGCUGCCAGAAGCUCAAGACCUCAAAUUGUGUCGAUUUCCAUCCACCGAGGAAUCACCAGAGAAUUCUCCAAAACCUGCGAAGACACGUCCGAUGGUCUAUCUCUAAGGAGGGCGAAACCAAUUGAGGUCGAAAACAAUUUUCAAAGCUUGGACGACCUUGAUUCCGCUCGUGCGUCGCAUCAGAAGAAGACGGUGGAAACCAGUCCAGAGAUGGCGAUCUACCGCGUAGCCAACGAUUCAAGCCGUGUUGUAGCAAAGAAAAAGGGCAUCCGGGAUAUCAGCCAUGGGGUCCAACAAGCGUCCGACGCACACCACCAACUGUUUACGAAGUUCCUAGACCAGCUUGACAAUGAUGGUUACAGGGCGUAUGCGGAACCGUCGCCCUAUAGCGCAAAACAGAGAAUCCCAGCACUGGACACAAAUCCCGAGUCCAAGUCGAUGCAGAAUGUUCCCGGGAUUGACCCAAAUGGUGACGAACGAGUUCAAAAUUCUGCAGACAGCCUGCACCAGAAAGAUUUCCCUGUGUCACUUGAGGAACACGCUCUCAUAAAUACUAAUAGCCCUGUUAUACAAGAAACAAGCAACACAAGUGCGACGGUCAAUCAAGAAAUGGAGCUGCUGCCAAAAAUUGAGCAAACUAUUAGCAUUUGCCUACAACUUGAUGAGAGAGUCACGAACGAGUUGGAUAGAAUGGUGGCUAAAUUUUCCCAAUAUACCCCAAUCAUGAACAAUGGCCGAGCGAACGUUGCUGUUGUAAAGGGUCUACCGGUGCAACAUUGGAGACAAUACCAAAUAUUCAUGCGAUUUCUGCAAUUCUGGAGGUCGCCCUUUUACAUGGGUCGAGUGAAGCCUCUCAUGACACGCCUUGGGCGUUAUUGGGAAGUUUCUUGGCAAAUAGAGGACUCUCCCGAGAUCCUAGCCAUCCGUCGAACGUUCCGUCAGGUAACUGAGGACGAUCUUCCGCAAUAUAAUUUUACCUCUGACACUUCUUGGGAAGCGAAAGCCGUUGUAACUCGAGGCCUCAGCCGAACUCAGGCGGGGGAAAUCGUUGAUGCAAUCAAUGCAAGAUGGCCGGAUGGGAUUGACCUCGGUCUAAUCACGCGUCUAACAUGGGCAUCAUUGUAUACAUCAUCCUGGCUUCAAGCUAGAAUGAGUGAGCAUCCCUCUUAA